GCCUGCAAUUCGCUGAGCUCGAAGGCUUGCCCGGCAGCAACAUCAACCUCCACCUUUCCGCGGCCCAAAACUCCCUCUGCGCCCUCCGGGCGGUUGACGAGAGCGUCUUCCUCCUGAAGCCUGAAGCUGAGCUGUCUCCUCAAAAGAUUUAUGAUCUGCUGCCUGUAAAAAACCUCAGGGGCUACUACUACAAAAAUGAGAACUUGGAAGACCCGGACACAAACCCUUGCACGCCUCCCCAAAAGAUCGUUGUGGAUGGAAUUCGCUACAUCACCGACACCUAUUCUUACGGUGAAGGAGACGCCUAUACAAUCCUCAAGGACUUUGGUUUGAAAACGUUUACUAGCGCCCAGAUACACAAGCCUAAUAUUUGCAUCACCAGAUCAGAUGUGCACUACAGGGUCUAUGACGCUGUAGGAGGUGGAGCUAUGGCUGCACCAUUAGCCGCAGAAAUGAAAUUGGGCGCAGAAGCAAUGGAAACAACCGUCCGGAGCUUUUUCCCAGAAACCUGGUUAUGGUCCAUCACACCUCUGAGUGGGACCGAGGCCACUCUGCCCGUCACUAUCCCAGACACCAUCACCGAAUGGAGAGCGGGAGCCUUCUGCCUGUCCCCGGCGGUGGGUUUCGGCCUGGCCAAUACCACCUUCCUGAAGGUCAUCCAGCCAUUCUUCGUUGAAGUCACUCUGCCGUACAGCGUCGUCAGAGGGGAAGCCUUUGACCUGAAGGCCACCGUCUUCAACUUUCAGAAACGCCCCGUCCAGGUCAGCGUAUCGCUGUUGCUUUCUCCUGACUACGACGCUGCCCCUGUGGAAAAGGAACAGGCUUCCUAUUGUUUGCCUGUGGACGGAAGGAAAACGGUCUCCUGGAAGGUUACUCCCAAAACUCUGGGUAAGUAG